CAGAUCACCGAUGGUAUGAACCAUCUCUCUUUGAACGGUGUGGUGCACCGAAAUCUGACCUGUGCCAGCAUUCUUGUCUUCAACCUGGAUAUCGUUGAAAGCAAGAAUCUACACAUCAAAAUCUGCGAGCUCGAUCAGGCUGUCUGUUCUGGCGGGAAGCUGCAUGGGAACACUGCCCCACUGAACACCAAGUUGAAAGUCCGUCCUCUGAGAUGGAUGGCACCCGAGAGUCUCCAGUAUGAACAAUUCUCCGAGAAAAGUGACGUCUGGGCGUUCGGGGUGACCAUGUGGGAGAUUCUUAGCUGGGCAAGUGCUCCAUUCAGCCACAUCGUAGACGACGCUGAGGUUGAAAGGAGAGUGCUGGCUGGCGAGCGACUGCUGAUGCCUUCGAGUUCACAUCCUGGUACCUUCGAGAUCGCGCAGGAAUGCUGGAAGGAUGCGAAAGCAGAGAGGCCCUCGUUU